AUGAGAGAAAUGUUGAAUAUCCAUAUUGGAUAAUUUGGUAUAAAUUUAGCUGACCAACUUUGGAAUCAGCUUUAUUACGAAGAUAUUGCGGCAAGUGAAUAGUAGUUUUUGCCUCCAGUGAUUAGUAGUCCAUUGUAUAGUAUAAAUGACAAAAACUAAUUCCAAGCAAAUGCCAUUUUAUGUGAUUUAGAUGACGAAGCAAUCAGGAAAGUACAAAAGAAUGAUGUAUACUCGAUAUUUGGUGAGGAUUCAAUCGUGUACAACAUUGAGGGAUCUGGAGGAUUAUCAACAAGAGCUAAAUAUAAUACAUGUAGAGAUUUAGAAAAAUAACUUAGAGAAUUAAUAAGACAUAAAACAGAGAAGAUUGAUUAUUAUGAAGGUUCAAUUAUGUAUUUUUCACCUUGCGGAGGUACAGGAUCUGGUUUGACAAAUGUUGUAAAAGACUCUCUUUAUGAUACUGAUAAUAAAGCUAAAAAUAUAGCUUUUUAACUUUUUCCUAGUCAAAAUGUAGCUGACUCAAUUGUAGAACCUUAUAACUUUAUGUUUAGCUCGAGCUUAUUGCUAGAACGUAUUGAUUUAAGUAUAUUUGUAACAAAUGAAAAUGCCUCGCAGAUUCUCAAAUUAAAUAGAGGAAUUGAGAUGCCAAAACAUGAGGAAGUAAAUAGACUUUAUGUAGAAUUUUUGUCUAAUUUAACAUCAAGUGCAAGAUAUUUUGGCGAUACCAGUUCUAAUAGAUUUUCCCUUGAUCGUUUAUGCCAGUAAUAAAAACCCUACCCUUCUAUUAAAAGUUUUUCUCCUAGCCACUAUAUUUAGAAUGAGUAGUAACAAUUAUUCAAUAGUACUGAUUACGCUUAGAGAUAACUAAUCAAUACUAAUAAUUUCAAUCUUGGUUACUAUUAAAAUUCAAAGGAUUCUGAAAUUGAGCAGCGUAUAAUUGAUAUUUCAACAUUCACCAGAGGGUCUAUUAAUAAACUAAGCAUUAUAAAAGAAUACAAUUGUUUGUUUCAAAAUGUGAAUUCAAAUAUAGUCCCUAAACUGGCAGAUCAAAAAAGCUUUUCUUAUUACUUUAGCUCUUAAAGAGCACCGAAAUACUAUAGAGAUGUUAGUUCUGAUUUGCAAGAAGAUACUCACAGUUCAACUUCUUAUCUUCCAAGUUAAGAGAAGUUUAAUUUUAGCACAUUAAGCACCUCUAGUAAUGUAAUAACUGUAUUGUAAGGAAUCGCCGAUAAGUUCGAUAAAUUGUAUGAAAAAAAAGCAUUCAUUCAUUAUUUCGUUGGAGAAGGAAUGGAAAGUGGAGAAGCUUCAGAAACCAGAGAAUUGCUUUAGUAGAUGAUUAGUGACUAUGAAGAGGUUUCAAAAUUAGAAUAAAUAGAUAUCGAUAACUGA